UUCAACGUCUCGCUGCCGCAACGCCUUUAGCCGACAUUUUGGCCAACGUCCCGAGCAUUACGCGAUUUACACACCCCCAUAUAGCCAAUAAUAACGAAUAAUAAACGUAAUAAACGUAACGAAACGUGCCCCCAAUAAAGUAUUGAAACAAGAAAUAUAUAUUUUAUUUUAUGCUUACUAUUGCCGCAAGCGCAAAGCGGAAGUACAUCGCGUGUGUGUGAAUUCGCGAGUGUGCACGUGUGUGUCUCCGUUUGUCGGCCAGCAAUGAGUUUCGAUUUCAUUUCGCUCUGAACGCACAUAGAGAAUAGCAGCGCCCAGAAUACUGCACAUAUUACACAGAGGGGACGGCUAUCGGUCAACUGAUUACACGGGGCCAGCAACGCCGAAACUGCCCAAUGUCAGCCACAUCGGUUAGCCAGCACGUUAUCACCCAGCGACAACUACGACACCUCUGAAUUUUAGUUUACUGCUCUGUGCCGGCAGUAAAUGGGUUAAAAUUAUGUACAUUAAUCGCCGAAUGAAUGUCGAAUCAGUUAGAGAGACUGCUGUUUUUUAUUGUGGUGAUUUCAGGUGCAUUAUGUACAGUAGAAGAUUACGUAAUAAUGUCACAGUGUGCACACAACAAAGCCAUACACCUAGCUGCGGAAGGAACAGUCUCAGUGACAGACACUUCACAGAUACAAAAUAUAACGAUAGUCGGCUUCCCGGAUUAUCUGAACAACGAAUUCAAAAUAGCACUGUACGCAAAAGAAACUCAAAGAUAUUUGUGUUUCAACGACAAUUGGAGAUUAGUUGGCAUGAGGGAGCUGCGAGAUACCUGCUAUUUCAACGAGACCAUCGUGCACGGUUAUUUCGUGUUCCGUUCCGUUGUCGAUCUGCAGCGACGUGUCGGGUUCACGCACCGAGGUAAGCCUGUGGGGCCCAAGAAGAGCGUCAACGAUGCCUGCUACAUGUUCAACAAGAUCGAGGCCGAGCAGUUUUUCCGCCAUCACCAUAACAAUGGCAACAGUGGCAGCAACAAUGGCAAUGGCAGUGGCAGUGGCAACGGCAAUGGCAACGGCAAUGGCAGCAACAACAGUCGCAAGCCCCCGCGCAACAACAAAAACAAUCGCCACAAAUCGAAUAACCAAAAUCAAAAGUUGCAACAGCAACAGGAGCAUCAUGGCCAUAAUAAUAAUAAUAAUAAUAACGUUAUUCUUAAUAAUAGUAAUACUAGUUUAAGUAGCACUAACAAAAAGCAACUAGCAAUAAACAGGCAGAGGCAGCAGCAGCAGCAGCAACAUCAGGUGCGACAUCAUCACAAUGAUCCAUCGCUGCUGCUGCGACGACAGCAACACGAGAAGAAGCAGAAGCGGCGCAAGCAACAGAAGCAGCAGCAACACCAACAACGAGUAUCAGCUAGUCCAACGAAUCCGAUGCCUGCAACACCCACAGCAGCACCAGCAGCAACAGCAACCUUUGCAGCCACCUCCCCGGCAACAGCAACACCAUCGACAACGGCAACAUUGAGCAGCAAGCGCAAGGGCCGGCGAAGAAAGGCCAAGGUCAGGCCAAAGUCGCAGCAGCAGCAGCAGUUGCAGCUACUUGCCACGGCAGCAACAACGCCCUACACCGACGACACCCUGUACGGCAGCAGCACUAGCAGCAGCAGCAGCACGGUUUUCGAAGACUUGGACAUCUACAAUAGCAGCAGCAGCAGCGGCAGUGGGAGCGGCAGUGGCAGUGGCAGCGGCAGCGGAAGCAGCAGCAGUUUGGAGCCCUGGUCCACUUGGUCCACGAUCGACAGCUUUAGCGGCAGCAGCACAACAGCAACAUCUGACGACAGUAUUAGCAGCAGCAGCAACUACGACGCCUGGGCCACCUACAUCACCGAAAUGGAGGCAGAGGCAUCCGCCAUGACGCCCGAGAUGGGCGGCAACGACACCGAGUUGCUGCAGUACGAGGCCGAGUUGGUGGACGAUCCGGAGGCGGAGUCCACGGCGACAAUUGAAACCAAAGCAACAUCAGUAACAUCAGCAACAUCAGCUACAUCAGCAAUAGCGGCAACGGCGGCCACAUCUACCUCGACAGCGAGCUCCCAGCUGGUGAUAGAGCAGACGCCGCUGGCCAGGAGCAACAUCAGCAACAAUAGCAGCGGCAGCAGCAGCACGAAAGCAACACCAACGGCAACCAGUCAGACUGAAACAGCACAGAGCACGCAACAGCCAAGCAGGCAUCGCAGCCACAGCAGGGAGGAUCGCCCGGAUAAUUCCGACAUGUUGCUGGCGGGCGAGAACGAAGUGAAGCCGCAACAGCCACGCAAGUUGCUGUGGACGGUGCAGCCACCGCUCGCAACACGUGGCAGCACGCCGGCAACAUUGGUGGCAACACCAGCGCAGCAACUCACCGGCACGACACCGGAGCAACAUGUUGCACCUUCACUCUUCAGCGUGGACAAGAACAUCAACAGCAACCUGAACAACACACUCACGGAGGCUUCGCCCACGGCAGCAUCAACAUCCAGCUUUACGGCGGCAACCACCACGAAGAGACCCAUCCGGAAGUUUACCAAGAAGCUCAUGGCCACGCCCUACCACCAGCUGACCUAUGUGCGCAACGCGGGCGGGGACAUCGACAUCGAUAACCUGGACAACAUCAGCGUGUAUCCCGUUCUCUACGAUGGCGACCUGGAGGGGAAUGGCGGCGGCAACAGCUCCGACGGAGGCUUCAGCGGGUUCCUGCCCACCUCGACCACCUCGCAUCUGACGGAACCGAUUCGCAUCGGCAUGAACAGGAUCAGGCCGAACAAGACACUGCAUUGGUUCACUCACCAGAGAUUUGCGUAGUAGUCAGGGAUGGGCGCGCUUUGGCUAUUAGAUCUUUAAAAGGACUGCUCGAAUUUGUACUUUCACAGAUAAUACACAGCCACCACAUUUGGAAGUGCAAAAUUUGAAUAAAUUGAUCGGCACAUAAUAAUCUCAAGUCAAAAUCAAUGCAUACAAUCAGUUUGACCAUCAGCUCUGUGGAAUCUUUUAGAUGCAUUUUAAAAAACACGUAAUCUUGUGAAGGUGAAAACCAGAACAGAUCCUUUAGAGAGAGGCAUACCUAUACUCAGCACUCAGUUUUCAAAAGAAUUUAGGCAAAAGCAAGAGAAAAUCAAGAAAAGUAUGGAUAAAUAUUUCAAAUUACUAAUGAACUGAUACAUAUAUAUAAACAUAUAUAGAACUCGAUAUACAAAGGAGUUGCUUACUGUUCAGUACCUCGACUCAGACAGGACUUUGCACUUGCACCACGCCUAAAAGCACACUACAUAAGCGAAACCGGAAGCGGAAGCAGGCGUGGAGCCGAUAACGAUAACGCUAACUCAGGCCGCACUUCAUCCAGUAGCGGGUACAGUGAAGACUCCACCAACUGCACUCGGGAGGCCGCAGGCAACGAACUCGCAGAACUGCUACAUAGUUAUAAAUGAAAAGACAAUAAGAUUUUUAUUUACGAGUAUGUGCUAUAUAAACUAUCAAAUCGAUGAACCGAAGCGAUAGCGAUAAUCGAAAAAAACCAAAUGCUAAAAUUGUUGAAAUGGAAAUUAUGAAAGCGCGACAUUCAAGUGCAAGCAAAUAAACGUUUCGAAUGCACUGAAAAAGCGUAGCGAACUUUUGAUUUACUAAAUCAAUUAAAUAUAUUAGCAAUGAGAAUUAAUAAAAAUAAAAAUACAAAUGCAAACAAAAAUCGAUAUAUAUUAUAUACAUAUAUGCAUAUAUUUUCAAAAUUUUAUAACGAACCAAAAACCAAUUAGCAAACAAAUUUAACACGGUGAACGGAACACGAAUGAAGAAGUUUUUUAAAUUCAUACGCAAGCAGAACUAAGAGUCGGUAACGAUAACGAUAACGAUAACAAAUUCGCACAGCAAAACACUUCCAAAAAUGAAAGGUUAAAACUAAAUAUUAAACAAUUUUACUAGGCACAAGCGAACGAAAUUGGGUUAGAUGAACAAAAAGGAAAACUCCAUUCAAAAUAAACCGAAUUUUUUAAGCAAAUACAAAAGAAUUGUUGAAAUUGAGAUGUCAGCAUGGAAAUUGAUUUUAGGACACAGUUUGUGGCCGAUAUCCAAAUCGAGGAGGAUGGAAACAAAUUUUGAAUAAUGGAAAAUUUUAAAGAACUACUAACGUAUGUAUCCAGAUAUGUACUGCAACCAAACACCAAAAUUCACACUGAAUAAGCAACGUUAUAUUUAUUAAUUGAACAAAACUAAAAACUAAAACUACGAAUUGAAUCAAAAUACAGCAAAAAGAAACCAACUGCUGCUUUUCUACAUACGAAUAUAUAUAAAUAUAUAUAUAUAUAUUGACACAUAUAGGCAUAUGUGGACGAACAUGGAAAAAGAUAAUGCAAAAAUUGUUUCUCAUAUAUUUAUAUUAAUAUUUAAAAUAAAUAGUUCAAACAUAUUAGCAAACCAAAUACGCGAAAUUAAAACAAUUUGAGGGAAAAUGCGCAAGCACAGAAACAGAAAACUGAAGCGUCAAGUUUAUAUGUAGAGAUAUGUAUGAAUGUAAAUUUAAAGUGAACAAAGAAAACCCAAACAAAAUGAAGUUAAAGCAAGAUGCUUAGGUGAAAAUUUAAUUAGUGUGUACUUAAGACAAGAAACCAUUUAACAAUUGAACGAUUAAUUAUUAACUUAACUAGGCAUUGAAGCAGCACUCAACUAAAUAAAACCGAUACGAAACCGAUACGAAACCGAAACGAAACGAAGCCGAAAACACACACAACUCGAAUUGAACUACUGUACUUAUUCGUAUGCGCGUUGCUGUAAUAUAAACAAAAUUCUUAUGUUGAAUCGACGUCGAUUGGGAGAACCCGAUCGAUCGAUGACUAUAUCUACCACAGCAGAAAUUAUUUAUUUAACAGUUUAUCGGAAUAAUCGAAUCGAGUCUAUUGGGGACUGGAGCGGGGACCGAUUGUCAUUUGUCAUUUGUAAAUUCAUUUGCACUUUUCUUUCUACUAAUUACGUUUAAUUAAUGGAUUAAUCAUACGCCUAAGUUAACACUAAGUUAACACUCAUCAUUGUACAUUGUAAUAUGUUUUAUUCCUAAGCCGAGCAUUAAAUGUAAUUAUUUAUGUAUAAAAGCAAAAUGAUUCUUUCGCCCCUGUAUAACACUUGCGCCCACUUCUCUAUCUCCAAGUCUGUCCCCCCCAUCCUUCCUAUCUCUUUUAAUAUCUAUCUUAUAUAUACGAAUAUAUAAACGACUAUUUAAUUGCAUUUCUUUGUAUUAAAACGAGUAACAACACACUAGAAAUCGAAUAAAAAGCCUCAACAAAUAUUCAACACUUUUCAUUUCUCCUGUAUGUAAGUUUGCUUCAUUUUCAAAUAAAUGCUCAGUUGUUUCCUUUUUGUUGGUUUACGAAUGUGUGC